GGAAGAAGUGCACCGCUAAAAAUAGUGCAACAGAAUGACAAAACUCCAAAGAAGUUGUUCUGUUUUGUAUUCCAAAAGAGACAAGACAGAGUAUAAAGCAGACGAAAGAGAGAGUGUUUAAACAGGAAGCACCACUAUUCAUUUUCUACACUAAGCUUCCAGGAAAGUUGCAUUGCAUAAUCAGGUCUUUCGAUUUGGGGAGUUUGUGACAAGCAGCAUCAUGACGUCCUCCAUACAUGAUCUUUCAGAUAAUUGCGAGAAUGAACAACCACAAAAGCAGUCAGAGAUGCAAAGCCGAUCUUCAUCCCCUGCAGCUGAAUUGUCUGUUCCUGGGACUGUGCCACCAGACAUGCACUACUUGAUACCUUCUCAACUUGGAAAUGCUGAUGCAAUGGUGCAAACAGCUUACCCUUAUCCAGAUCCUUACUACAGGAGCAUUUUUGCACCCUAUGACGCACAACCUUACCCUGCACAACCUUAUCCAGCACAGUCAAUGGUUCGACUUCAGUUGAUGGGAAUUCAACAAGCUGGUGUUCCUCUACCAUCAGAUGUUGCGGAAGAACCUGUUUUCGUUAAUGCAAAACAGUAUCAUGGCAUCUUGAGGCGCCGACAAUCUCGUGCAAAAGCUGAAUCAGAAAAUAAACUUCUAAAAGCUAGGAAGCCCUACUUGCAUGAAUCUCGGCAUUUGCAUGCCCUGAGAAGAGCUAGAGGGUGUGGGGGUCGAUUUAUGACUGCAAAGGAAAAGGAUGAAUCUGAUGAUAAGUCGAAGGCAAUCGCUAAUACUGACUCCAACAAAAUUGAGGUUACUUCUUCAGAAAAUGCUUCUUGAAUUAUGGCGUUGCAAAGCUAGCAGCUGGAUGUGUAAUUCCAAGAUGCUGUUCUCAGUCUUCUUUCUGAGUUUGGUUUUUUAGAUUUAUCGUUUUCCGAUUGUAAUUACUUUUAGCUGUUUCUUUCGCUGAGACUUUAAUAGACACUGAAGGUAAUGGUCAUUAGGUGUAGCAUGUAAAAGUGUUUUUUUCUUCAUAGUUAUUAGGAAGAUAAUAAGUUAGCAGCAGUGCAGGUCAAUUACAUUCUCUUUAUUAGUAUCUUGGUACUAAAGGAGUGUCCCCUAUUUACUUUUGACUCAUUACUCACUGUAUUUCAGAGUUGAUAUUAUUUGU